CGAACCAGCGGCUAUGAAAUGUGUCGGCAAGCCCGGCCUGACCUGAGUUUGUGGACAGUGUGUCCCUCGAUAAACGGGACUUUCAGUUUCUUUUAGAGAACCGCGAGUGCAAGAUCGACCGCGCGCAAACAACGCGCCUAUACGCGCGUGAAAGUUUUACAUCGAAAGGACAGCCACUGUUUUCUGAAAUAGGCUUGGACUUUCGAGAGCAUUCAGGUGACUCCUGUAACGAGUUUUUGCUUGAACGCUCAGGUUACUUCGACCAUGCAGACGGCCUUUGCCAAAUGCCCUCGCGCCCAUCGACAUUCCUUGGCUCCACUAUGUAAUAACGUAAACAUCAACAACAAGACAACGUGAAAGUUUACAUGGCCACCGCCGGGGUCCCGAUUAAAUUCAGCGGAUGUCAAAGUUUAUUGAGAGCAGAUAAAAAAUAAAUCGUGUGAAAAAAAAACAAAGGAUGUGGAUAAUAAUGGGCUACUUGCGGUUCGCAGCAGGCCAAGUUGACUGACAGUCCUCGGAGGGGGGAGAAUGUUACGGUGGGUACUGACACUGGAUGAACCUGCAUCAAGUCCAUGCGGUCUAGUGGCAUUGACGUAUAAGUGUAAAAAGCGUGGUGCCGUAUGAGGGAAUGCCCCGGUGUGGCAAGACACAUCCAACUGCUGGCCAGUCCGCAAACAAUGGAGUCGGGUUAACGCCACAACUUCAUCAGGACUACCAUCGCUGUGACGUCGAGUGGUCUGAACAGGAAGCAAUAGAUGCGGAAGUAUCCCAAUUAGUAAACGGAGGUGCGGCUGCCCUUCGUAAUCUUAAGAGAUGGCGCAACUCAACGAGUUCCGGGUAUUCAAGUCAUUCGCCGCCACUCUCCGCUGGUUCAUAUUCUACAUGCUGUGCUUCAGUCCUCCGAAAUUCCGCAGUCGGGACACUUGGAGCGGAGGCCACUCUCGGUCUAGCAGUAAUUCACGAAGCAGAAGCAAUACCACGUCCUAUUUGGCCUUGUUCAUCUAUUUAUCGUAGAGAUUUACACUUAGUUGGUUGCGAGACGCUCGACUGCGAGGGCUUAUCCGCCAGUUGCAGUUACGCUCGCGCUUACACGUACGCCAGUCGAUGUCGCAAUGCUUGGCGAGACUGCCAGCCUUCUGCCCAUACGGCACAAGACGUCCUCUUCGAGCUCUCACGGACCCUCAACUCUGUCAUUGACGGUGAGUCCGACAUGACGCCUGACGAAAUUCUUCGUGAUAUCUCGCGUACUGUACAAAAAGGAAUCGAGACAAAUGGUACAACUUCUACUGGUAUUUCAAGUGAAGAACACAUCUAUCGGUUAUCAUCAUCUUCAUCCAGCGCAAUUGGUAAAGAUUCAGUGACUGUUAAUCCUGUUAAUUUAAAGUUAUACAGUAAACCAGGAUACGCUAAUCCAUCCGUGCCAUCAUUUAAAACAUCUUAUCAGUGUCUUCAUGAAGGAAAAACACUUUUACUUAAGUCUGUUGCUAAAUCUCAAGAGAAACAUAGCAAACAUGAACAGUGUAAUAAAAUACCAGCGGUUUUCCUUGUGCCUCAUUGCAAUAGUAUACAUACUGCACAUACGGUUUCUAAUUAUAAUACCAAAAGUGUCGAAAAUACUAAUGAUAAAGAUGAUAAUAGAUUAAUUAAAAUACGUGAUAAUUUGCAAGAUAUAGAACAUAAUAAGAUGGUUCCUAGAAUUGAACACACACAGGAUAAAAUUUGUUAUAAUUCUGAUGAACCAGUAUACUCUACGCAGCUGGACCUCAGUGAUGAAAGUUCUUCCUAUGGUGCAGUAGGAGACUCCUCACAUAAAGCUAAUUGGAAUCAAGGCAUAAAUGUUUUCAAUAAAAGUUUAGAUUUUACAUUAGACGGUCAUAGAGCUGAAAGAUUAGGUCGCUUAAUCGCUCGCGCUAAACGUAGACGACAAUGGUGUCGUGCCCUCACUACAAUCUUAGGGCUAAUCUUUUUUAUAUUAAGUGUUGUCGUUGUUUCCAUGUCUGUUACUAAAGGGCGUAAAAUAUUUGGAAGCAUGUAAAGUCAAGAAUCAUUAGCAACUCAUUUAUUAAUAUUAAUUUAUCGAUUAAAAAAAAUUAAAUUGACUUGAUCAAUACAAUUAAUAGAUGAGCAUUCAAAAAUUUAUUAUUGAAUGUAAUUUAAAAUAAUAUUUUUAGUAGUUACGGGUGAAUAUUUUUCACAGUUAAUUUUUAAUUAUAACUAUUUUAUUGCAAAAGACAGUUUUUCGAACUGAUCUUUGGCCAUAUGUAUUUCAUGGUACCUUAUAUUAUAUUAUACAUAUAUUAUUAUAUUAUAAGUUAAGACGUGUGCGAGAUUUAUAAAAUAAUCUUAGCAAAGCAAUAUAAUGGCUGUGACCAUGUCGUUUGCAUUUCUAUAUAACAUUCAUAAACACCAACAUAUUAAAUACAUAUCUCUUAAUUUUUAAAUAAAUUUAAAUCUCUACUUAAUCCUACCUCAAUAAAUAAAAGAAUGAUAUAAAUAAUAUAGUAUUGUCGAUCAACUAAAAUUCUCAGAAUAAUAAAAAAUUAUUUAUUCGAUUUUUGAUAAAAUAUAUGAUUGUAUAAAAAAAAGAAGAGCAAACUUGAUGAAUAUUAAAUUUUGAUACUUUGUAUUAUUUAUAAAAAAUAAUCAAUAAAAACCGGUUUUAUUAUUAAUACAACAUUUAGUUUCGUAAAAUCAGUUUUUUAAUAAAAUAAAGUUGAGAUUUUUUUUAACAUAACACAUUUGUCAAUGACCUCGUUAUUAUCAAUUCAAUAUAUGACUAUAGAGAUCCACUUAUGAGAUGCAUAUAUCGUUUACGACAAACAAAACUGCCCGAGUGACCAUGUAUCUAAACAAAUACAUUCAAAAAAUUUAUUUACUAUUGUUAGUAGUGUCAAUAAAUUAAUUAAUAAAUAAUUUAAAGUCUACUGUCUUUUGACAAAUUUGACAACAAAAAAUCAACACGUUACUGGAAGUCGUUCCAGAUUGUCUCAUAUCAUUAAUAAUGUCAGCUCAUACACGCGAUAAUAACUAUAAAAUUUUUUUAAUUGACAAAAGUUGGUUCAAUUUUGUAAUUUAUUUUUAACUUACCAUUUUUCCGUCAAUUGGCAAGUUUUUGUAGUCAGACACAAAAAUAGAUUUUAACAUUUUAUUAUAAAAAUGGAAAAUUUUCGAAUAAAAAAAUGUUACUGAUUUCUGUUCGAAUUCAAAAACUCGACUUUCAAUAUUUUGGAGUAGAUGUUCGAAGUAAAUGUGUCUGUAUAUAUGUAAAUAAACGCUUUUUCUUAAUUUCUCUCAAACGAAUGAACUAAUUUAAAAUAUUUCUGCGACAAUUGAAAAAACUCUUAAAUACCUAAAAUAUUUAAAAGAAUUAAAUCGAACCAAAUUAUUUUUUUACUGAGUAAAUAAGACAUUGAUCAGAUCGAUUUGGAAUUGUAUUUAGAUUUAAUUUCCAAUGAAAUCGAUUAAUUUUUUUAAUCGUGUUAGAAGAUGUCUGUAGAAACAAGAUAGUUAACGAUUGAUUCAAAAUAGAUAAAAAUUUGGAAAAUCCAAAAGUGCACGCCUCGAAAGCUCAUGUUAUGUUUUUUUUUAAAAGUUAAAUUUCGAAUAAAAUUGAACAUCCCGCUCUUUUCCCAUAGAAAUUUCCAUGGUAUAUAUAAAUAUAAAAAUAUUCGUCAGACAAUUUUUUCGUGACAUACUUUUAUUUAGAGAAUUUUAUGCUCUAUAAGAAUAAAUUAUGAUCUAACUAGAAAAAAAAUUUCUUCACAGGUUACGGUGAAGAAAAGUGUAAAAAAAUGAUUUUUGUAUGUUAUUUAAAUGGGAAAACUGGCCAAUGAAUUGGCGACCUCUAAAAAUAGUAGUUAAGGGCUCAAAUUUUGACCAAAUUUUUUUUUCUACAUAUUCUACCAGACUUCGAGUCAGCACCUUGAAAAAAAAUCGGUCUGUCAGUUGACCCUGCGGGCCAGCCCCAAAACUUCCCGCUGUUUUCGAGCUCGCUGAGCUCGAAAACAUUAUUGUGAAUAUAUUUUCGAGCUCUUCGAGCUCGCAAAUACUUUUGUAUGCCAUUGUUUUGUAAAAAACCAUUUUUUAGCAUUUCUUUCUUCCACGAUAUCUCGCGAACGAAUUAACCGAUUUUGAUGGUUGAGGUGGCAAUCG